CACUCAUCACUGCUGCAGUGCCUCAGUGCCUCAGUCUCUGACCUUCCACAGGGACCAUGCAAGCGUUUGUUCCCAGGUCGUAUCUGACUCCCGUCAGGGAUGAAGAAGCGGAGUCUCAGAGAAAAGCGAAGUCUCGUCACGCCAGACAGACCCGCAGGUCAACACAGGGUGUGACUCUGACAGACCUGAAAGAGGCUCAGAAGACCUACAGCUCGUCUCCUCAAGACAGACAGACAGAGGAAGGAGGCACUCAGGGUGAUAGGAAAGACUUGACAGAUGACAGGAGAGUCAAAAUCAGCCUGACAGAGUCCACGGAAACAACGGAGACCAGACCAAAAUGGAGCAAAAUGGACGAGCAGGGGAACAUUGAACCCAGGUUAGAAACCCUGACUGAGUCUGCAAUACCAAACCUUUCAUGUUCGUUUGUUGCUGGAUCCUGUGGGCGGCCUUACUACAACAACUCCUUCAGAGCGUGGUGGAGGGACGAGAACCAGAACCCGGUUGAAGACGCGGCACAGCUGAACUUUACUACAAAGCAGCAACAGAGACGGCACUGCUGUGAUGUUGAAGGUCCAGACUACAACUCUGCAGAGGUUUGUGUAAAACUUAUGUGCUUCCUUUAA